AUGAACACAACAGACUCAUCCCACAGGAAAGGCAUCGUUGGCACAGCAGAGUCCUUCUGGCUGUACGAUAGCGAAACUGGGUUUGACUUGACACAUCCAGCCACACCAGAUGCCGAGCCUUUGCAGCCCCGGUACACAAUCCGGACCACGACGCUGCCGAUCACUGUGCACCCACCGCACAGCGCACUGGUCAUCAUUGACAUGCAGAACUUCUUCCUUUCGCCCCAGCUUGGACGUCCCUCCGAUUCUAAAGGUCUGAAAGCUCAGCAGCAACUCCUCAAGUAUGCCAUACCUGCUGCUCGAAAGGCUGGCAUCCGUAUCAUCUGGUGCAAUUGGGGACUCACUGACGACGACAUGAAACUUAUGAACCCUGCCACGUUCCGGGCCUUUGGCUUCGAGACUGUGCCCGCGGAGGACUUCGGCAGAUACCAUGAGAUCCAGCCGAAAGAGGCCGCGAUCGACUCACACGGCGUCAAUGAAGCUGCUCCAGCCAUCAGCAAAGCCAAGGUCGAAACCGGCGGCAAGAACCCUCGCAUCUACAAAGGUCUCGGCUCCGACAUUGGCGACGUCGAGAUCGAGGAUGGUAGCACCGUGCCUGGUGGACGACUCCUUUUCCGUAAUACCUGGAAUGCGGGCUUGACUCCUGAGCUCGAUGCAGCAUAUCGAGAGGGCUUGAAGGCGAAUCCGCCAGAUGUGUGGAUGCACAAAGAUCGCAUGUCUGGUCUCUGGCAUCCCAAGACCCAGUGUGCGGAGUUCCUGAAGAAGGAUGGCAUUCGGACUUUGUUCUUUACGGGGGUCAACACGGAUCAGUGUGUCGGUGGAUCGCUGCAGGACGCCUUUACUACGGGCUUCGACUGUGUGCUGCUGUCUGAUGGUGCUGCGACUACGAGUCCGGAUAGCAGUCAGGAGAGUAUUGUGUUCAAUUGUGAGAAGACGUGGGGUUUUGCGACGACGUGUCAGCGCUUUGCGGAGGGCGUCGGUGCUUGA